CACAGACGAAUAUCGGUCAUGUUUUGAAUUUGGCGAUGUUACGCCAGGCGGGCAGGCCAGCCUAAACUACCAUAGAGCGUUCAACAACGCUCGAACGACGGCACCGAGAAGCGACGCCAAGAUGACGGCGUCCGAACGCUCGCAGCUACUCUAUAGUUAGUAUUUCCGCUUCCGCCGCCUAGGAAACAAACAUGGCGGCAGGCGGCUCGGAGGCUCGUGCCGGUGAUGCGGAGGAGGACGCGUCUCAGCUGCUGUUCCCGAAAGAGUUUGAAAGUGCGGAGACACUACUGAAUUCUGAAGUUAACAUGUUACUGGAGCAUAGAAAACAACAGAAUGAAAGUGCAGAGAAAGAACAGGAGUUGUCUGAAGUCUUUAUGAAAACACUCAGCUACACUGCAAGUUUCAGCCGAUUCAAGAACAGAGAAACAAUCGCCAGUGUCCGAAGCUUGUUGUUGCAGAAAAAGCUGCACAGGUUUGAGCUGGCCUGUUUAGCUAAUUUGUGUCCAGAAACAGCAGAUGAGGCAAAAGCUCUAAUCCCAAGUCUGGAAGGGCGCUUUGAAGAAGAGGAGCUCCAGCAAAUUUUAGAUGAUAUUCAGACAAAACGAAGUUUCCAGUAUUGAAGACCACAUCCUCACCGUUUGCAUCCAGAGACAGUGUCCGAUUUGCCCAUGGUUCAUGGUAGUCCUCAGCAGCUAUCUUCUUUAAUUGCGAUACACAUCAGAAUGUCUGUUUUAGGGGUUGGUUAUCACAUCGUACCAUAAAAAUGCAUUUUUUAUUUUACGUAAUUGUGUCUGUAAAGCUGAGUUAUAUCAGCAGUUAUUUAUCUGUCAUUUGAGUGUUGCCCUUUAUGAAAUUUACCACUUAUGCCAUAUUUACAUUCAUCUAAUUUCACACAAAAGUACAAACUUGUAUAAGUAAAGCUCCUUGUGUUUUUGUUUUUAAGUUGCAAACAGCUCAAAAUCUUAUGAGAAAUGUGCGCUAGUUAUUUGGGAUAGACAGCCAUUUGCUUUUUUUUUUUUUUUUUCCUUUACCGUUUAUGUAAUUUUCUUUUUAUUAAAAGAUUUCAAAUAAUAUAA